AUGCAUAGCUCCGUGCUGAGCUUCGGGCUGCCUCUUAGGACUACGAACCUUACGUGCACAUCCCCUGUUACGAUGGCUAUUAACCCAGUGGCCCUCAUUGUUACAGAAUGUAUAACGGUAACAACUGCUCUGCGCAAGCAUGCGCAAUGGGCACAUUCUAGUGUAUCGGCCAUCCUUGGGAAUAGCCCUCGAAAACCACCGCCUACACGACGUGAUGGAAAAAUUGGAAAUGUGGUGAUGCUGGACGAAGAUAACACGGUAUCGAGUCGUUGGGGCUUGAGGGAAAAGAAGGGGGGAAUCGUCCAAGACAACCCGCUCGUGGCGGCAUUCUUGAGGCUGCAAUCAAACCUGAGCAACUGUAAAGACAUCACGAAAUAUGACACACCUGCUCUACUACACCCCUUCCUCCAAGUAAUACGAUCAUCCUCAACCUCUGCUGCGAUCACCUCCCGCUCUCUCAUCGCCAUCACGAAAUUCCUCUCCUACAAAAUAAUCUCCGGUGACUCCGCUCGGCUGGCUGAAGCCAUGCAGCUCCUCUCAUCAGCUCUCACGCACUGCCGGUUCGAGGCAAGCGAUUCAGCAACGGACGAAAUUGUACUCCUGCAGGUACUGAAUCUCAUGGAAAGCAUUAUCUUGAGUCCAGGAGGUGAAUCUCUCUGCAAUGAGAGCGUUUCUGAGAUGAUGCAAACUGGACUGAGCAUGUGCUGCCAACCCAGGCUUUCGGAACUCCUACGACAGUCUGCUGAGAUUGCCAUGGUCUCUAUUUGCCAAUUGGUCUUCGAGCGAUGGAAGCACCUAGAAGAAGAGGUGGGCGAAGAGCUAGGGGCCUUGGAUCAGGAUGUCAGGGCCGAUAUGGGCACGAUGAAGCUCCUUGAUUCAAAAAUGCAGACCUCCUUGACCGGUCCAAACUCCAAGAAUCUUAAAUCUGAGGAGAAGACACGGUCUUUUGCGAGCGUGGAGAAGCUGAUCAAUGAGUCCACAGGGAUGACACUGCAAAAGGGCGACGCCACAAUUGAUCUACCGUCAAUGCACGAUGAACAGGAUGAAGGCGAGGCGCUCCCAAUCAAGCCAUACUCCCUGACGUUGAUACGAGAGCUUCUUGUGAUCCUCAUCAAUAUACUAGAUCCUGAGGACAAGAAACAAACAGACACAAUGCGUAUCACGGCACUGCGCAUUCUGCAUGUUGUGUUGGAAGUAGCGGGCCCAUCAAUCGUCAACCAUACUAGUCUAGCAACCCUGACAAAGGACACGCUAUGCCGAUACUUGCUCCAAUUGGUUCGCUUGGAUAACAUGAAGAUUAUCAGCGAGUUGCUCUGUGUGUGUGUUACUUUAUUUGCAACAUGCCGAGGUGUACUCAAGCUACAGCAGGAGCUAUUCCUAUCGUAUGUGGUGACCUGUGUGUUUCCGACAAUGGAUAUUCCGCUAGAGCCUGGUAUCGACCCUUCUCUUUACGAGGGUGUACCGCAGUCAUUCAGCCUCCUCAAGCAAUCAAAAUCACAGUCACCUGCGCAAAAAUCUACAAGUGGCAAAUCGACGCCCAAGUCUGCCAAGGAUCGACAGAAGCUGGGACCCGAAGACAGCAUAAGGACACCCGAUGCUCGUGAGGCGAUAUUAGAGAGCGUGAGCGCCUUGGUUAGGAUCCCCUCUUUUAUGGUCGAGCUGUUCGUCAACUACGAUUGCGAUAUUGAUAGAAGCGACCUAUGUUCGGAUCUGGUUGGACUUCUUUCGCGGAACGCUUUCCCAGACUCAGCCCAGGGGAGUACAACAAACCUCCCACCGCUAUGUUUGGACUCUCUUCUAUCCUAUGUGCAAUCCAUUGCAGAUAGACUCGAUGAUGCGCCCCUGAUAGAGGGCUUCCGUGACCCCAAUGCCCUACGACAGCAGCGGUCACGUAAGAGUAUGAUUAUGAAGGGUGCCUCGAAAUUCAAUGAGAACCCAAAGGCUGGCAUCGCAUUUCUAGUCGCCCAAGGGGUCAUACAAGAGCCUGAGAAUCCUAAGAACAUUGCGGAGUUUAUCAAAGGCACUACGAGAAUUGACAAGAAGAUCCUGGGGGAGUUUAUUUCAAAGAAAACAAACGAAAAUAUAUUGAACGAGUUCAUGAAGCUUUUUAACUUCGCCGGAAAACGAAUUGACGAGGCUAUACGCGAGUUACUGGGUGCAUUCCGCCUUCCUGGUGAGUCGGCACUUAUAGAGCGAAUUGUGGAGGUGUUCGCUGCACAGUAUAUGGACGACGCCAAACCCGCAGGAAUUGCAGACUCCACUGCAGCAUUUGUUCUCGUGUAUGCCACCAUCUUGUUAAACACAGAUCAGCAUAAUCCCAAUUUCAGGGGCCAGAAACGUAUGACCAUUGAGAACUUUGCCCAGAAUCUCAGGGGUGUUAACGAUCAGGGGGACUUUGAUUCCAACUUCCUUCAGGAAAUCUUUGAUUCUAUCCGGACACAUGAGAUUAUCCUGCCAGAGGAGCAUGAUGAUAAGCAUGCCUAUGAUUACGCUUGGAAUGAGCUGUUGAUCAAGGCCGAAUCCACUUCAGACUUGGUGUCUUGCAACACCAACAUUUUUGAUGCGGAUAUGUUCGCGGCAACAUGGAAGCCAAUCGUCGGGACACUAUCAUAUAUGUUCAUAUCCGCGACUGACGACGCUGUGCUUUCAAAAAUAGUAACCGGUUUCGGCCAGUGCGGUCAGAUUGCUGCGAAGUACAGACUAAGUGAUGCCUUGGAUAGGAUAGUAGCCUGUCUGUCGCAUAUCAGCACGCUUGCUCCAGAAGUCACACCAAGCACGAGUCUCAAAAUCGAGGUCCAGCAUGAGAAACUUAGUGUAAUGAUCUCCGAAACCGCCGUUCGAUUUGGGCGUGAUGACAGAGCCCAGCUUGCAACAGUAGUGCUGUUCCGAAUUCUCAAUGGUAACGAGGGUGCAAUUCGGGAUGGAUGGGAACAGAUUCUGCGAAUAUUGCUGAAUCUUUUUAUAAAUUCUUUGAUACCCUCCUCGUUCUCCUCAGCUCGCAAAUCGCUUGAACUUCCAUCUAUCCCGCUACAAAGCCCCACUCAGAUCAUCAACAAAGAUGAUAGAGCAGCGGACACCAGCCUGUUUUAUGCCUUUGCUUCUUAUGUUUCGAGUUUCGCGAACGGUGAGCCACCGGAACCUUCAGACGAAGAGAUUGAGAACACCUUGUGUACAAUCGAUACUAUCAGCGCUUGUUCGUUGGACGAAAUCACAUCCAACAUCUUCGACAUGUCCACAGAGGCUUUGAGACCUCUGUUCAUGGCGCUUUUGUCACGACUACCCGAAGAUACAUCGCUCCACGGUAUUGCAGUAAAGCCUGAUAUUCGUCCCUCGGUGCCCAUUGAACAGAGUCACAGCGAGAUAAUUGUACCAACGACAGCUUACGACCCAUCGCUGGCUUUUAUUUUGGAUCUGCUUACGAAUCUGACACUGCGAGACCGGAAGACAACGGAAUUAUUUGGCAGAGAAACCGUGGGCGCAUUGAAGAAUUUCAUACAUGACGCAAAUCAGGUACACCCAGUACUAGUCUCUAGGGCUGUCUACCAUCUACUGCAAUUCGUAGGAUCAAGCAAUGACUAUGACUUUAUCAAGACUCCCAUCAUCCUGCAUGCCUUAUCUAGCUUCGAUGCCGAUCAUCUGCAACAAUGCGCCAGGCCGCUACUGCAAGGACUUGCAGCCUGCAUCGGUGGUCCACAGCCCCUACGGAACGAGAUCGCUACCUCUCCCGAUUUCUGGUCAAUCCUUCACCAGCUACUCGUCAUACCUGAGACGGCUGCGGGUGUUUUCCAACUUGCGGAGGACCUAGCUAGCACUGUGCACACCAGCAUCAGUAUGAAGAACUAUGAGGCGAUUGUUCAACUACUCAACAAAUUUGCAACCGCUGCUAGCGUUGGUGCUGUGCCAGAGCGGAGAAUAACACAAGGGCGGAGAACAAAGUAUGAAGAUCAGCCUCCCCCAAAGAAAGCCGAACCCGAUGAAAUGGUCCAACGCGGCGUCAAAGCCACAAAUAUUAUCUACAACCUCACAGUCCGUGUCCCGCAACUCAUCGCCCAAUCCCAACUCUCUACCCCCGAGGCCUGGAAUGCGUACUGGUCCCCCAUCUUCCGCGUGCUCAUAGCGCAAUGCCUCAAUCCCUGUCGCGAGGUUAGCACCCAAGCCUUAGAAUUGCUUAAAGAUACGCUUCUUAGUAAGAAUACAUUAUUCUCGGGGGACCACACAGAGUGGAUCAAAAUAUUUAGCCAGGUGCUGUUCCCGUUGGUCACACAGCUGUUGAAGCCGGAGGUGUACCAGCCUGAUCCCGUAGGUAUGGGUGAUGCAAGGGUCAGGGUAUCGACGCUGUUGUGCAGAUGCUAUCUGCAUUAUUUGACCGAGUUGGCGGAGUCAGUUGGGUUGCUGGAUGUGUGGUUGAAUAUCAUUGGUCUGAUGAAUCAGUUAAUGAAUUCUGGGCAGGGGGAUAAAUUGGAAGAGGUUGUCGCCGAAAACAUGAAGAACAUACUUUUAGUCAUGGCAAACGGCGGAUAUCUUGUCCUGCCUGAAGAGAAACCUCAGCAAGCAGAGUUAUGGGACGAGACAUGGAAGAGACUGGAGGCCUUCCUGCCGCAUUUAUUCAAGGAAUUGUUUCCUGGGGUGAAAAUGCACAGUGAGGCCGUACACAAUCCGAUUUAG